AUGUUAUAUAUUCUUGAAAUAGGAGAGGAGGACGCGUCCGGAUGGCGGGCCGGAAGUGAGCGAGUGACUCCCGGGAGACGAGGAGGUAUACGAGAACACGUACAGUACAGAGAGAGAGAGACGAAGACUCGGGCUGAGGAAACAGUUAAAUCGUCGCCGCUUCCUCUUCAGCUCGUGUAUUGGACCAUGGCCCCUAGCGAAGGUCAGAGGACGGAGGGCGGUGGGCGGGGAGACCGAGAGGAGGGCCCGCGAGACGCUCCUCCCACGAGGAUCGAGGUCCCCGAACCGACCACCGCCGAGUGA